UUUAUUUUAAGAGAAAUAACACAUUGACUCAUGUCGGCCCUGCUGAGUUAGAAUAGAAAUUUGUUUAUUAAUUUAUUUGAUAAUUAUUUAUAUGAAGGUGUAUGUAUAGUAUACUAAAGCGGAUUUGUACUUAAUGAGAUUUAAAAAUAAUUAAUUAAAUAAAUAAAUCCCGGAAGUGUGUUGUCGGCCUGACGUCAUUAGCGUGCGCCCCGGUCUCGUCACCAUGGAAACCGAAAAGCGCCGCUGAUACGAGUACUGUGUGAAGGUGAGCCUGAUGGAAGAAACCCAACUGAAAGAGGAGGAGAUGGAGAAGGAGGGAGAGGCUGUAGGCCUGAGAGAGUUACAAGGCCUGGAUCAGACUCUAGCCAAAGUGCAAAUCAAUCUCUCGGCUCCCCAUGUAUCAGAUCAGAAGCCUAAAUUGGACCGAUCUGAAUGUCCCACUUCACACAGCGAGAACUCAGCUGAAGAGAAGCUGUUGGUGUCAAUGGCGGAAAAUCUCCACGCUCAAUACUCCUACCUGUACCCUGAUCGCAAACCGCUGCUACUCUGCCCAGUCAAUGAGUUUGGAGUUCAGAAGUUCGUGAGCACCACGCUGCGGCCUACGCUGAUGCCCUACCGCGAGCUGUACGACUGGCAGGGCUGUGCUAGUCUCGUCUCUGACUUUUUAACUUUGGAGCUGCUGGAUUGUCCAGCUGAAGUGCCGAAACAGCUCUGCUCUCCAUCAUGGCUGGUGUGGACUCGGAGAGGUACAUGUUUUGAAUUCUCCACCUUGCUCUGCAGCUUAUUGCUGGGAGCAGGCUACAACACUUACUGUGUCAGUGGCUAUGCUGUCAAAGAGAUGUGCCUGCUCGAUCUGAGCCACCAGGACUGUCCACAACUCAAACCUCAGGACACAGUUGAAGAGACAUCACCUGAGCAGAGGGAGGAAGUGAAGUACAGGGUUAAACCUCCACAUGAACUGAAAAGCACCUUUGAGCAGCAUCAGGAGGAGAAAGUUCAUCAGGAACGUCAAGCAAUGCUGGCCCAACAGCGGGAGGCCGAGAGACUGAAGGAGGAGCAGGAACGUCCUCCAGAUCCUCUGUGGGGUCUCCGGGUUCACAGCUGGGUUCUGGUUUUGGCAGGUAAACGUGAUAUAUCUGAGAACUUCUUCAUCGACCCGCUCUCGGGUCAGAGCUAUCCAACGUCCAGCGCGUGUUUCCUCGGCAUCGAGAGCGUCUGGAACCACAAGAACUACUGGGUCAACAUGCAGGACUGCCGCUUUGGCUGUAUGGAGAUGACAUAUGACCUGCAGGAUGUGCUGAAGUGGGAGUACAUGCUGUGUGGCCCCAGUAGCAGUUCACUACUAGAAGAAAAAGAGGAGCAGAAUGAUGAGGAGACAGAAGAGCCUAAGCUUUUUGAGAUGCCUGGGUCCUGGGUUACACAAAUCCACAUAUCAGAAGAAGAUAUGGAAAGUCGUUUCCCCAGGGGGUCAAAGGUUAUCCGUUACAGGAAGGCCACGCUGGAGAAAUUUUCCCCUUAUCUCCUGAAGGAUGGAUUAGUCACAAGACUCACUACUUAUAAUGACCUGGAAUGCACUCAGAUCAACACCGUGAAGGAGUGUUAUGAAAAGCGAGACGAUGAGCUCCAGGAGAGGGAACUGAAGAAAGCCACCAGUGUCACUACAGAGCGCUUCGCACCAGGAAGGAGCUUCUGUCUGAAAACUCACAGGUACGUGACUCUGGUCCCUGAGACGGAGCGUCUCAUGGAGUUCUACAGUGAAGCUCGAGAUGAUAACUUACUCAGUCGAGUUGAAACGCCGACGGAAAUGACCGAGACGUUUCAGGACCGUUCUGACUUUCUCUACUACCAACAGGUUAUUUAUGGACCUUUGGAACUGGCUCAACAAAUUGGAGUUCAGCGACCCGUUCAGAAGGUUGUGGUGAAAUUCCACAGGGAUCGAUCCAAACCAGCCAGCAAGGAUGUGGCUGAAAUAGUAUUCCAGAUUUCACAGAAUCAAAUUGAGGUUACUUACCAUCUCGAGGAUGAAAGAAUCAUUCCACAUUUUUACAUCUUUGAAAAACAUCUUCAGCAUGAGGAACCUUUCUCAGACAAGAUGGUCUCCAGCUUUCAGGUGGACCCGCAUGCGAAACCCUUCCCGAAACAUUACCUGUACCAGACCCUCAUGGCACUGAUGGAGGAGGAAGAGAAAGUCUUUAUCAGAAUCAAGAACUCUGUAAAAGAAGUGAGGGACAUCCUUGAGGUUAGAGACCAGGAGGAAAAAGCUAUUACUCUUGAGAUCUCCAUCUAUGACAUGGCCAGGAAUGAGAAGGCACGCCUGCAUGUGGAGCAGCAGAAACAUCUGGCCAGAGACAAACAACUGAAGAAAGAACAGGAGGAAGUGGACAUCUUGGCCCCGAGCCUGGCUCGGCUGGGAGACCCGCAGAGUCUGACCAAGCAGCUCGCAAUGCAGAUCCAUGCAGACUGCCUCAACAACCUAAAGCAGAGGAUUAUUGACCGGGCCAACCUCAUUCAGGCUCGAUUUGAAAAGGAGACUAAGGAGCUCAUGCGGAAGCAGCAGUGGUACCAGAAGAACCAGUUCAAAUUGACAAAACAGGACGAGGAAUCAUAUUUAUCCUACUGCUCCGAAGCCAUGUUCAGGAUCAACACACUGAAGCUGCGUCUCAGCAGUCACAAGGACAGUGCACCACAGAAGUACCGAGCCCUGGACAUGAUGCUGAGAAAAGAUCCCAGACUGAAGCAGUACCUGAACUGAAUCACACAAAUGAUCAGUUCUGCAUACACUCCAGCCACCCUGACCACUAUAUUAAAACAAACAAACUACUAUCUAAGCAUUCACCACCAUUUUGUCCAGCAGGAUGUUGGUCCACUUUUUAUCCUUACAGCACCAUCUAGUGUGUGGAUGGCUACAAUACAGAUUCUUUCCCCUUGCAUGUAAAAACGCUUUGUUCAGGCUGCUCCACUUGGGAAUCCGAGCGAAACACACAAACUUUUUUUCUUUUUUUCAGUCCAUCAUUUCAGUUCACGCUUCAUUCUGCUUCAGCCAAAAACUGGAAUAAACUGUAAACUGUAGACAUACUGUAAGAUUACACAAUUAAAUAAACAAUAAA